UACUUGCUCUGGAAUUACUGUCAAGUGAAACUACAGGUGGUAUGCUGUUCAAGUCAACGUAGCUGAAGGGUUCUGCGGGAAUACAUGUACACGGUGUGCCGCACUUUCAGUGAGGAUGAGUCCUGCCUUAAAGUAUGAAUUUCCAUUAUCAUUGAACAGUGGUGAUCAUAUUGCUUUCUCAAAUCAUUGUGAUAUGGACCUAUUUUUCUUAUGCAAUAGGAACAUGCAGAUCCUAGUAUGUCCCCUUGUCCAUUUUCAGACUACAGUACAGUGCUUGUCUUUGGCAUAGUUAUCUACUUCAUUAGAGGUUUUAAUUAUUAUCAUUAAAUUUACUCACAAUCAUUUUUACAAUUAUAUUUUUUAAGAAGCACAUUUCAAAAUGCUCCAAAAAAGGGUUUUUACCUUGCUGUGAGUAGGUCUUCAUCAGGGAGACAUAAGUCAGUUCUCAGACCACUUGUGGACUCUCCUGUUUGUGCUGUAAGGUAGGGUUAACUGUGUAGGUUUCAGAGGGUGUGUUUCUAGCAGUGGAUCAAGAUAAUGACAGGUGGUGAUUAUUACAUUGGAGCUUAUAAAGAAAAAAGGACCAUCUGUAUUUUUGACUUAAGAACAUAAGAUUGAUUUAAAAAAGUGAGCGCCACUAGACCUUGUCUUGUUCUUUGUUUGGUGCUAGUUUAUUGAUCCAAUGAUUUUGUUCAACAUUUUAAAAAUACCUUAAAAAAUCUGCUUCUAUGACAUUGGAGGACAGUCUAUUUCAGGCACUUAUCUUUAAACCCUAUAUAACCCUAUAUGUAAAGAUGUGGUUCCUGUUUUCAACUUUAAAAGAUUACUCUCUUAAUUUCCACUUGUACCUUUGGAUCCUAAUUCACUACUCAUUAUGAGAUUAUACUUUGGGUUAACUUUGUCAAUAUCUUCCAUGAUUUUAAAACAUUGUGUUGUUUUUCUUAACAAUGUGUAAUAGCCAAUUAAGCUAUGGUAAGUAUGAUCCUACUUCAUCCUGUUGGCUGGGUGAUAGGAACCACAAGUUAAUGCAGCUGCUCUGUGUUUGUCCCAGAUGUUGUGGUUGUAAUGUGAACUCCAGAGUGAGGUAAUGCCAGAAGUAGGCCAGUUGCAAGGAGGAAGCUCACCAGCACAAUAUCACAGUCAUGAUGUAAAAAGAAGGGAAAUACCUCCAAAAAGACUUGUACAGUUUUUUAUCAUUAAGGACAGCUUCCUGCAAUACUAUGCUGAGAAUGAGAGGAAGAAUUUUGAGACAAACAGAUACUUCAACAUUCAUCCCAAGGAACUGGAGAAACUGAAUCAGGCAUUGGCUGGGGAGAAGAAGCAGUUUGAGGAGGUGGUGCAGGAGCUACGAGCCGAACAGGAGCAAAUCAAACAGCUGAAGAAGACUGAAGAGCAGAUACAAGCUCUUCAGGAAGAGCGUGAGUUCUACUCCUCAAAGUCCCAGGCAUUGCAGCUCUCCCUUUCUGAGUUGACAGCAGAGAAACAGCAAACCGAAGCAGAGCUCAAGACUGAGAUAAAGGCCCGUGUGCAGCUGGAAAAGAGGCUGAACAUUGCUGAGGAGGCUCUACGGAGCCUGGAACAGGGUCUCAACUCUAUGGAAAGAUCCAGGGAGAAGGAAGAGCGCAUGAAGGGAGAUGUCGGCCAAUUAAAAAAGUUUUUUGAAGAAUGUAUCAGAAAUGCAGAAAUUGACGCCAAGCUGCCAGCUAUAAUGGAGAAUUCUGUCUACAUACACAAGGCCACAGCUCGCAGGAUAAAAAGCUGCAGGAUUCAGAAGAAGGAAUCUUACAACAACUGGGGACUUAAGAGACAUUCACAAUCCUUCAUCGUAUCUCCCACUGAGGAGACAAAUCUGGAGGAUCUCUGGGAAACUGCAAGGAGGUUGACCUGUGACAGAUAUUUCAGGGAAAGUAACUACAAAAUCAUGACUCACAAAGACACUUUAAAGGGGGAGGACAGAGAGUGAAAAGACAUCUGCAUGGUGUUCUUUUAAAGUUCUUCAUGAAGGGUGCCUAUGUUAGUGGCCUAACCACAGAAACCACUUCAGAUAUGUUGCACUUAGAAUGCAUUUAUCUGUAUAUCCCCAUAUUUAUAAUAAUUAUUUCAGUGAAGUCUAACUCAUUUAUUUUGUUCACCAAUUUGUAUUGGAAUGAACACAAGAUGAGGUUUCAUUUUAAGAAUAUGUUUUUCUUCAUGUCUGCAGUGAUAAUAUUCAAUACAUGUGUAAAGUAAAUGAAAUUUUAAUUUUAUUCAGUAUCUACUGUAUUAAAUGUUACCUAUUCAGGUUUACACCUUAUAUAGCAAUCAUUUCAUUUUUAACUUCACUUUAUCCAGUUUCAUGUGAAAUUUCUCUUUGAGUAUCAGAGCAUGGUAAUUCUUUGCCUUUAUUCUUCAUUUUAACCUGACAAAUUGGGUCCAUUGUGUUGUAACAGUCAAAUAAGUUGUGGAUCCCGAGAUUAAGUUUAAACAGAUGGGUUUUAUUGCAUGCAAGGAACAAGUAUUGUUCGAAAUACAGGUACAAAACUUCCAGUUUAUAUAGCACUUUUCUGUUGCUUCUGGGAGGUCAUGGUGUCCGGACAGUUCUCAGACUUUGACCACUCUUAAUGGUCAGUUUUACAAAUACAGCUUAGGUCUCGUUUGUAUAGCAUCCAGGGUAUAACUGUCACAUUCACAUUUCUCAUAAACCUGUUAUUACACACAAAAUAUGAGGACUGCAGUCCAAAGUUAUUGGCAAAGUAAAUAAAGAUGGUGGCAAAUUAAAGAUGACGCCAGUGAGAGGUGGUAUGUUGCGUGCAGCUCCUCACAGAUUGUACUUCAUGUCGUGUUAUGUGGAAUUAUUGUUAAUUUUAUAUGUUCAAACUAUUCCUGAAGUAGUCUUGUACGACUGACAUACUGUUUUGGACAUUAGAUCAAGAGUUACAAAUAUACAUUUGAAUAUUUUAGACCUAGAAUAGCUAUCUGGACUACCUUCCUUUGUGUACCUCCCACCCGGUUCACCUGACUCUUCAAGACAAAAACACCAAACAACAUGGAACAUAGAAGGGUGGCAGACAUGGAAGCCUCCAAAAAAGACUGAAACACAUAGGCUUUCAACUUUCACAGAAACAGUAUUCUUCUGGCGAAUGUCCAUUGCUAGAAAACAAACUAGACAAACUCAAAGUGAGGUUGAUUUAUCAAUGGGAGAUAAGGGACAGUUGUGUACUUUUUUCUCACAGAAACAUGGUUCACCCCAAACUCACUUAAUUCUGCCAUCCACCCCAACAAUUUUUCCAGUUUGCACUCAAACAUUCACACAAUGAACUAUACAUUGUAAUUAACAAACAUGAAACUGCAAACCUUGUUGCUAUAUUCAUUUAAUCCAGGGAUUUCAAUCAGACCAACUUUAAGAAAAUGCAUCCAAAAUACUACCAGCAUCUCCUGCCCCGCUAGAUGUGCUAACACUUUUGACAAUUGCUAUACUACCAUCACAGAUGCAUAUCGCUCUUUUCCUCAUCCACAUUUCAAUCAAAUCAUUUGUCUGUGCUUCUACUUCCUGUUCACAAGCAGAAACAGAAGCGCGAGAACCCAGUAGUGAGAAUGAUACAAUACUUGUCCAAGGAGACAAAACGAACAAUAAAGAAGACUGCUUUGAGUCUGUGGACUGGACCAUGUUCAAAGACACAUAAUCCAACCCGAAUGAGUACGCAACAGACUUUAUUAAGAAAUAUGUGAAUGUCUUUGUCAUAAAUAAUCUGGGUUUUUCUCAACCAGAAACCAUGGGUUAACUGUGAAUUUCAUUUCAUGCUAAGGACCUAUUCCAUGCUGAGAUCACCUGAAGAAGGCUCCACGGCCGAAACGUGUUUUCUUUCUUCUUUUUUUCAGCAUGGAAUAAAGCUAUUACUUUUUAAUUUUCUUAGGUAUUGGAAUAAUGGUGGUCCUCAUAAAGCAGAUAGGAACAGCAGACUGUUGUAGUGAGAGAUUAAGUAUUUCUGUAAAGACUUCAGCCUUUAGGUCUGCAUAGGUUUUGUAAACACGGCCAGGUAUUCCAAGUGAUUAUGAUUCACAUAACACUAGGCUUCACGGCUGAAAUGUUGUGUUUUCUUUCUUCUUUUUUGAUUAUGAUUCACAUAACACUAUACAAUAGUUCAGGUGGGUAGCUGG